AUGGUGACGUGCAGAGCUCUGUGGAGCUGCUGCCUCGAGCUCUUGGCUCUGUCCUCGGUCGCUUGCAGGUGGACAGCUCCGAAGGGACCGCAGCUGCAGUUCCGCGGCUGCACUCAGAGAGAGCACCGGCAGCGGCGGCGGCGGUGGCAGCGGCAGCCAGAACCAGGAAAAAGGAGAAAUAACAGUCCAGUCAUGGACGAGGAGGAAGAAGAGACACACCAGAAGCCAUGCCCGGAGAGUUGUACACCAAAAGAUAUUGAUGAUGAGCCCCCUUUGUCUGCUUGCAAUCAGACUUCGGAAGAAGUAAGAAAACGGCAAAAUUCAAGUCAAGGUUCCCGAGGAAGCGAUUCCUCUAGGACAUCGAGAAAAAGCUUCAGAAUUGACUAUAGAUUGGAGGAAGAUGUAACAAAAUCUCAAAGAGGUAAAGAUGGGAGGUUUGUCAAUCCUUGGCCAACAUGGAAGACACCAUCUUUUUCAAAUUUUUUAAAGUGGACUUUUACAGAAAAGGACAACAGCAAGGUCCCAUCUUCAAAGCAGAUUACUCCACUGCUUAUGCUGGAAACACAUUUAAGGAUCAAGGAGCUUGACAGGGAGCUUCCAGUAUUAAAACCUUAUUUUGUCCAAAACCCUGAACUCGUUGGAAAAACUGGAGCUGGUAUACGAGUAACAUGGCUUGGACAUGCAUCAGUAAUGGUGGAAAUGGAUGAACUUACCUUUCUUACUGACCCCGUCUUCAGCCAGCGGGUUUCUCCAGUACAGUUUGCAGGUCCUAAGCGUUUCCGAGGACCUCCAUGUACAGUAGAUCAACUCCCAAAAAUAGAUGCUGUAGUGAUCAGCCACACCCAUUAUGACCAUUUGGACUAUCACACUGUAAUUAAUUUAAAUAGUCGCUUUGGCAGUGACCUGAGAUGGUUUGUGCCCCUUGGACUCUUGGACUGGAUGCAGAAAUGUGGUUGUGAGAAUGUAAUUGAACUGGACUGGUGGGGGGAAAACUGUGUUCCUGGUCAUGAUGCAGUUACAUUUGUAUUUACUCCUGCUCAACACUGGUCCAAAAGGACUGUAACAGAUGACAACAAAGUUCUUUGGGGAAGCUGGUCUGUCUUGGGACCCUGGAAUAGGUUUUUUUUUGCAGGAGACACUGGCUAUUGUGUAGCAUUCGAGGAGAUUGGGAAGCGAUUUGGACCUUUUGAUCUUGCAGCUAUUCCCAUUGGAGCAUAUGAACCAAGGUGGUUUAUGAAAUACCAGCAUGUGGACCCUGAAGAAGCUGUGAGGAUUCAUAUUGAUGUACAAACAAAGAAGUCUUUAGCAAUUCACUGGGGGACCUUUGCUUUAGCAAAUGAGUACUACCUGGAUCCUCCAGUUAAAUUGAAAGAAGCUCUUGACAGAUACGGAUUAAAAACAGAAGAUUUCUUUGUCUUAAAGCAUGGAGAAUCACGAGACAUAAAUAUAAAUGAUGAUGGAUUUGAAGAAAAAUCCAGUUUCUUAUGAACGAUAUCUGAAAAAAAUUAAGAUGGAUCCAUUUUUGUAAAUUUUUAAACAGGAUUUUAAAAGAUUUCAGGUGUGCUUGUUUAAUAACCAAACAACCUCUAACCCCUUGCAUACCAGCCUAAUAAAAUCACAAGUUUUUAACAAAUAAAUGAAAUAGCAACUCCGGAUGGUGUUAACCUAGUUAUUAAGUCCUGUAAAUAAGCAGUUAAAAUUAAUGAUUUUACCUUUUUAAAUGUUAAUUUGUUGUGCAGCAUUACCAGUACUGGUCAGCUGCUGGGAAUUAACUACUUAGGCAACUGUCCAGAAGACGUAACAAGGCAUGUGCAUUCAGUGGUUCUUAGCACAGCUGUUCCCAGCAUUGAACUACUAAGUGUUUUAAGCCUCUCUUCUUCCAAUUUACAAAGUGGCUUUCUAGUUCAACGCUGGAAAACAAGGUGAAUGUAGAUUAGGUGCAUGUACAGGUGGAGACUGCCAGAGGAAGUGAUUCAUUUAUAGCAUUUGGUUUCUGCAUGAAUUUAGCCCCAAGCAUGCUGUACCUAAUGUACAAAAUAUACAGCAGCAGCAGCCUGGGUUGCAGGUGCAGAUGGGUGUGAGUGUCAGUGCAAAGAGCCAUAUGUGUAUUAGCCUACCACAUACAUUGCAGUGUGUAAGGAAUCCUUUCAUACCUGAUGUCUGAGUGCACAACCAUCAUCCUCUUCCAGUUUAACAGGAUCAUAGAGGAAUAUAUCCUUUUUACUGUAAGCCGCCUAGCGAAUCCUUCUGGAUUAGUGGGCAGCAUACAAAUUAAAAAAUAAAUAUCCAUGAAUGCAGGGGCAUUGGAAUGGCUUUUCACUUCUAAUGAAAACUAUGGUGCCUUGUAUUCAUAGCUGGAUAGCAGCCUUGUAUAUGUAUGAAAGCAUUUCCUUGGAAAUAAGUUGCACUGAAAGCUGAGAUAUUUUAGUGAUGGAGCUUAGGAUCACAACACCUUUCAUUUAGGAUAUAGCAUCCUGUAAUACAUGCCCACAGUCCAGUCCUGUGCAUAUUUACUCAAACAUGAAGCCUACAUUGAUAGAAUGUAUGGUCUUGUAAGUAUGGCUAGGAUUGCAUACUUCACUUUACAAAACACAGGUUACCAUGGCUUGGCUGGUUUUUAUAUAAAGCUGUAAUGUAAGAGCCACUCAAUGUUAAAUAGUCCAAUUAGAGGCAAUGAUGUUACACUAAAAUGACAGAAAUGAUUUGAGUUUUACAGCCAGUAGAAUGUUCAUCCUAAAGUGAAUAAAAUGCUUUGAACUUUUCAGCCUUAGUGUAAAAUAGUCCCCAGUCUAUUAUCUCCUUUGAGCAGAAAAUUCACCCAGAGGGUGGCUCUGUGCCUUCACAUCUGUUGAAAAGAUAGGAUUGUUGAGAUGGAGUCUUCCAACACAAUUGUUGCUAAAGCACAUUUUAAAGAAAUACUGAUUUUACUUAAUGCUUGUACUUUUUCAUUGGCAGAUAUAAAAUUCAUGUUUUCAAAUCUAAUGAAAUGUGCCUUUUAGAGUUCUAAUGACUAAAAACUGACUAUUUUAUUGCUGGCUAGAACGCUGUAGACUUGCAUUGUACCAUCACUGUGAAACUGCUCUUUAUCAUAGGCCUGAAUACUUCAAUUGUUUGAAAACUUGAUUGGCAAGUACUUUGUGUGAUUAAAACCACCAGUUGGUUGUUCUCUGAAAUCUUUAUUCAGCUUAUUUUGUUUCUGUUCCCUUUCCCCUGCCAAUGGUGAGGUCUAAACAAAUUGUUUCAGCAGAAUUAUGUGGAAAAACAUGUAGCGACUGCUUAUAGAACUGAAAGCAUGAUAUAUAAUAAAUUUGUAAAAAAUGGCCAAAUGUACCUGUGUCAAACUGCAAAAAAUAAAGAGUUCUCACUCAGAAGCAUUCUAUUACUUAGUCAUUUCAUUGUAUGAUGCUUUGACAGCUAUGUAUGUAAGGAUAACUGAUCUCUUGUUCCAAAUCCAUUUCACUUUUAAUUGCACAAAUAAAUUGUUGCUUCUCUA